ACCGUCCCCAAGUAGCCCUCUGAUUGGCUGAUGGUCUGACGGCCGGAGGCUAAAAUGUGUGGCAUCAAAGGGACAAAAAUGUGAAAUGACUUAAAAGGUUUUACCAGCACUUUAGUAGAUGUGGCUUUUAAUUUUGAUGUGACCUUCUCCAGGACUGGAUAAACGAUGUCGGACGCCGAAGGUGCUCGCAGUCCUGACCAGCUGAACAAAUUCGAGAGACUGACAGGCAGGCCGCCGCACGGCGAGACGCUAGCAGGUUAUCGCACUCCUCCUGCCCGCAGUGGGCAUCGUUGUGUUGCAGACAACACAAACCUGUACGUUUUUGGAGGCUACAACCCCGACUACGAUGAGUCGGGAGGCUCAGACAAUGAAGAUUAUCCACUGUUCAGGGAGCUGUGGAGGUACCACUUUGUCACAGGUUGUUGGCAGCAGAUUCGAACAGAAGGCUACAUGCCUACAGAGCUGGCAUCCAUGUCAGCUGUUUUGCACGGAAACAACCUCCUGGUGUUUGGAGGCACUGGGAUCCCCUUUGGUGAAAAUAACGGCAACGAUGUUCACGUUUGUAAUGUGAAGUACAAGCGAUGGUCUCUGCUCAACUGCCGUGGGAAGAAGCCUAACAGAAUCUAUGGACAGGCAAUGGUCAUUAUUAAUGGCUUCCUGUAUGUGUUUGGAGGAACGACGGGCUACAUCUACAGCACAGACCUGCACAGGCUGGACCUGACCACCAGGGAGUGGAUCCACCUCAAGCCCAACAAUCCUCCUGACGAUCUCCCUGAGGAGCGCUACAGGCAUGAAAUAGCACAUGAUGGACAAAGGAUCUACAUUCUUGGAGGAGGGACUUCCUGGACAUCUUAUCCUCUGGACAAGGUGCAUGCUUACAAUCUAGAGACCAACUCCUGGGAGGAGAUCACUACAAAACCUCAUGACAAAAUAGGGUAUCCUGCUCCUAGGAGAUGCCAUAGCUGCGUGCAAAUACGAAAUGAUGUAUUUAUCUGUGGAGGCUACAACGGGGAGUUGAUAUUAGCUGAUCUGUGGAAGCUCAACCUGCAGACUUUCCAGUGGGGUAAAUUACCAGCAGUGAUGCCCGAGCCGGCCUAUUUUCACUGUGCUGCUGUCACUCCAGCUGGCUGCAUGUACAUCCAUGGCGGUGUUGUAAACAUUCACGAGAACAAGAGGACUGGCUCUCUAUUUAAGAUCUGGCUGGCAGUGCCCAGCCUACUGGAGCUAUGCUGGGAGAAGCUCAUCAAGGCUUUCCCCCAUCUGUCUUCACUUCCCACCAUCCAGCUGCUCAACCUGGGCCUAACGCAGGAACUCAUUGAACGCUUGAAAUGAGUGGCACAGUGGAGGAUGGACAGAGGAAUGGCUGAUUUGGGCUGGACUUAAGGGGAUGAGGUCUGAAAGAGCACAGAAGUUGAUUCACGACAAAAUUCUUGGGGAAAUGCCCUCUCACUCCCCUGCCUAACAUAGCCCUGCCUUAAAACCAAAAACAGUGGGGUGCCUUUUUUGUUUUUGUUCAUUGUUUUUUGCAGUUCCAGUGACAAUGAGGAUACAAACAUGGAAUGUUUGGUUCCUGACAUGAUGCCUUUGUGUCAAGUAUGAAAUCCUGCUUCUCAUCAGCCAAAUUGACCACUGGAGGUACUUUAUUUUGCUCCAUGUUUUCACAGACUGCCCUCUCCCAAUUUAUUUUUAACCCACUUUCUCUCUAACUUUUAGGAAAUCAAUGCAAAGGAAGAAUGCAUGUAUAUUUAUUUGAAAGACUAGAUCUGUUUUGGGGAUAUUCUCAUCACCUGAAACUGCUGUUUGCACACACUGUCUUUACUUUUUUAAUAGAGGGGACAAAUGGUUUUAAAAGUGGCACAGAGGGUUUGAAGAAGGCUCAUGCCAGUAUUUUUGCAAGUUUUAGUCAAUUUAAUACAAAUGUCAUAACUUUAAUUGCUGUUGACAUGCUGUAGUUUGUUUUUUUUAGUUGGAAGUGUUUCAGUUUUCUCUUUAAGGUAUUCAAAUUAAACCCAUUACUUUGACUGUUUAGCUUAUACUUGCAAAAUGUUGACAAAUAAAAAUUAGACAUAACCUUCACUGUCGGGGAUAUUGAAUCUGAAACCUUCAGUCUUUCCUUGUUUUUAUAUGAAUGUGUUUAAACGUGUUUGCCUUGUGGUAAGGAAAACACACUGGAGUUGGUCGUAAGCACUAUUAUUUGUGGGAAAUUGACUAUAAUCUGAAGAAAGGGUUGAAUGUUGGUUGUCUGAGCCCUGGUGUUUUCAUUUUACAUUGUUACAGUAUAGACUAAUCUGGGAAAAAAAAGCUAAAUGGAAGGUGGGUAUGUAAUGAAAUCUUUCAUCAUGUUUGCUUGCAGCUCUCAUUUGUAAAGUAAAUCAUGCAACCCAUCACUGUGAAUUUGGUGCUCUUAAAAUAAAAAAAAUAUUUAAAUGCUUUUAUUCAAAUAAAGACUUGCUGUAACUGUUAA